AUGGCUACCAGAACUUUCGUCGCAGCGACACGGUCUUCGGGGCUGCAGCGGCUUCUCGCACCAUUUGUGAACCCUAGUGCGCGGACCGAGUGCCACUUUUCCGCGUCGUGGGUGAAGUCGUCGAUCCCCUUGGGCGCUCCCCCCGCCGGUGGGCACUUCUCGCUUGCGCAGACCCGCCUGUACACCGCUGCAGCGGACGAUUCUGCUGAAGAAGGCAGCACGUCUGCUUCGCCGCCCGAGGCAGCUUUGGACCCAAUAUCAGUGAGCGACUUUGUUCGUGCUGUAGGGGGAGGGGUGGAGGCCAAUGCGGACAAGGUGGCUGCCGAAAUCUCGUCAUUGCCGCAACUGCUUUCAACCCGAUCAGGACGGCUGAAAAAGAUUGGCUUGCCUUGUCAACAG